ACCAUUUUCAGUCUCUGCCUGGCGUUCGAGCGUGUUGGAAGUGUCGGAGAAGAUUGCGGCCAAAGUAGAGUAUAUUCUGAAUACAUCUAUUUAUUUAGUACAGUAAUUGUGAGUAGGCAGAAAUGGAUUUGCGUGUGGGGUUCACUGACAAGCUGAAAUUGGGCGCCAAGAUAAUCGCCCAUAAGGUUGUGCAGUAUAAGUUGGGCACGGGUCAGACCAAAGAAUUGACCACCAAAUAUGGUCAGGUAAAGGGUCAGCUGCGCAAAACGGUCUACGAUGGCGAAAUCUACUACUCUUUUGAAGGCAUUCCCUUUGCCGAGCCGCCAGUGGGAGAGCUGCGUUUUCGCGCCCCACAACCACCGAAAUCCUGGCAGGGAGUAAGGGAUUGCACCUUUGCCAGGGCAAAACCGAUGCAGAGGAACCCAAUUAUUAAAAUUACCGAAGGAUCCGAGGAUUGCCUUUACCUCAAUGUUUACGCGAAGAAACUGGAGACGCCAAAACCUCUGCCCGUGAUGGUUUGGAUUUUCGGCGGUGGUUUUCAGAUAGGUGAAGCCUCCCGAUAUCUCUACGGACCGGAUUACUUUAUGAAACACGAUGUCCUACUGGUCACCCUCAACUAUCGCGUUGGUGUCUUGGGUUUUUUGAGUCUGAAAGACAAGACGCUCAAGGUACCAGGCAAUGCGGGCCUGAAGGACCAAAUCCAGGCACUUCGCUGGGUCAAGGACAACAUAGCCAGUUUCAAUGGUGAUCCCGAGAAUAUAACCGUCAUGGGUGAGUCAGCUGGCGGUAGUUCCACCCACAUCCUUAUGCAAUCGGAGCAGGCUAGGGGGCUCUUCCAUCGCGCCAUCGUGCAAUCUAGCUCGGCUUUAUGUGCCUGGGCCACGCAUCCGGAUCGAAAGUGGCCCCAACGUUUGGGCAAGCAAUUCGGCUACACCGGUGACUUGGAAAGCGAAAAGCAACUGUUGGACUUUUUCCAGCAGAUACCAGCUGAUAAGCUGACUCUGCACUGCAAUGCGAUUAUGACGCAGGAGGAGCAGCGCGACUAUGAGAUCUUGGCAUUUGCCCCGGUCAUCGAACCAUACGUGGGCGAGGAUUGUGUGGUUCCGAAAUCCCAGCAUGAACAGUUGCCCACCGCCUGGGGCAAUCAGAUUCCAAUGAUCAUUGGCGGCACCUCGUUCGAGGGACUCUUCUCGUAUCAGUCCACUUUGCAGGAUCCGCUUUACAUGUUGAGUGCCUUUGAGGCCAUAAUUCCAAGGAAGGUCCGUGAUGCCGUCGAUAAGGAUGAGCUGGCGGAGAUGGUGAGGCGGCUAAAGAAAUCCUAUUUCGAUGAUCCUGAACGAUCCAGCAUGGAGCUGUACGAAUGUCUGCACAUUCUGAGCGUCAAGAACUUCUGGCAUGACAUUCAUCGCACUUUGCUCGCCAGAUUGACCUAUGCGGCCAACUCAUCCACGUAUCUAUACCGAUUCGAUAUGGAUUCACCGCACUAUAAUCACUACAGGAUCUUGAAGUGCGGCAAGAAGGUGAGGGGUGUGUGCCAUGCAGACGACAUCUCCUACAUGUUCUACGGAAUACUCUCCAGCAAAUUGGACAGGAAUACACCUGAAUAUCGCACCAUUGAGCGGUUGAUUGGCAUGUGGACAUCGUUUGCCACCACUGGAGAUCCCAAUUGCGAUAUUAUCGCACCCGUGAAAUGGGAUCCAUUGCGACCAGGUGGUCCGGAACACUGCCUCAACAUCGCCGAUGGUCUGGAGUUCAUGCCAUUGCCGGAAAGCAAACAGUUUGUUGUAUGGGAUAGUUUCUAUACCAGGGAGAGUCUCUACUGACGACGUUAAACUACAUAACCAAAUAAUUUCAGGAAAAUUAAAAAGCUUUAUAUGGUGUCCUUAUUUCAAAUUUGCUUCUUCGUUCAUAAUGGGCGAUAUAACUACGACUUAAGAAUGAAUCUUGUAUUUCCGAAUUCGUUUUACAUAAUUUUUUGUUGAUGUAUUUUUAUAGUCUUUGUAACUUUCACUUUUAUAUUAAGGUCUUUAGAUGCUUUUGAUACUUUUCAAUUUAUUAGCUUUAAACCCAGUUUUUGUACAAUUUUUGUAUGCCAAACUUUAAACUAAAUAAACCGAAAGAGAAAACACAACAAAUCUUUGUGUUGGUCAGUGUCAAAAUCAAUAAA